GUUAGAAGGAUGUUUGCGAGAUGGAAUUACAAUAACCGGAGAAAUGGAACAUACACGUUCACUACACUCGGUAAAAAGUUUUAGGAGAUGCUAUCAAUCAACGAGUAUCUAUGUCUACGAAUGACGGUAGAACCGUCAACCGAAUUCGUGUACACAGUACAUGAUGGAGGAAGGCGAUUCAUUCUUAAUUUGAAUAGCAAAACUUGCAGUUGUCGUAUGUUUCAACUAGAUGAAAUCCCCUGCCCACAUGCAUGGGCUGUCAUUAAAAAGAAAAAUCUGGUUGCUGAUGAUUAUUGCUCUGAUUUGUUCAAACCGGAGACCGUGUUGAAGACAUAUGAUGUACCUGUGGAUCCUCUACCCGACGAGCGUGAAUGGAACGUUCCCAAAAACAUCUUGGAGGAAGUGGUUUUGCCACCAAGAUACAAGAGACCGCCUGGUAGGCCAAAGAAGAGGCGUGAUAAGCCUUUAAGUGAAUUGUUGUUUGGAAAGAGCGUACAUGCUUGCGCAUUGUGGACACCUUGGGCACAAUACGUUCAUGUAGUUUUGAGCCUCUAA